AUGCCCUCAGCAGGCGCUGCAGCUAAGAAGGGCAUCUUCAGCGCGCGCGGCAUCAAGCCCUCCGCGCCCCGAAAGUCCGGCGGAGCCAGCGGCAGUGGCAGCGGUAUAGCCUCUGGGUCUGGGUCUGGGUCGAGGAUCGGUCCGUCCGCUAAGGGCGGGGAUGAGGGGUAUCUGUACCUCGCUGGCGUGAAAGAUGGGAGCAAGCGCGUCUCAGAGUUCUCGUCCGAGCAAGAUGUCUGCCCUAUCUGCCAUACCGACCGCCAAUUCAACCCGACGCUCCGGCUGCUCGUCUCGCCAUGCUAUCACAGGAUGUGCGAGUCAUGUAUUGACCGAUUGUUCACGCUGGGCCCAGAGCCAUGUCCGACCUGCGGGCGUGUACUGCGAAAAGCCAACUUCCAGCAUCAGACGUUUGAGGAUCUGAGGGUGGAGCGGGAGGUCAGCGUGCGGCGGCGGAUGGCGGAGACGUUCAAUAAGCGGGAGAGUGAUUUUGAGAAUAUGAGGGAGUAUGAUGACUACCUCGAGAAUGUGGAGAACUGGACCUUCAACCUCCUCAACGAGAUUGACGUCGAAGCUACCGAAAAGGCGAUCGCAUCCUACACCCGGUCCAACACCUCCCUCAUCGCCUCCAACAAAGAACGGCUCGCCCUCGAGCUGCUAUCCCAGGCUGAGCGGGACGAGGUGGACAAACGCGGCCGGGAAGAGCGGGUCCGGAUGAUAGAGGAGGCCGGGCGGUUCGAGCGGGCGGAGGAAGAACGGGUCAAGGUGGAGAUCAUCGAUGCGCUGGGCAAGGGGCUCGUCGCCAAGGCGGAGGAAGUGAGGGGGCGGCAUGAGCUGGCCAAGCAACAUCGAGCCGCGACGCUCGCGAAAGCUAUGCCUGCCAAUCAGGCGAAAGACGAGGCGAAAGAGGAGAACACGACGGAUCCGCUCGCGGACGACUAUACGGGACCUUAUGUCGCCAUACCUUAUAAUCCACCAGAAGGGGGUUACAGGGAUUGGUACAGCCCGAAAGAGGAGUAUGUGGACGGGCGGAGCUGGGUCGUCUGGGUCAAAGAGGACAGGGAGGGGAAGGUACGAGGCGGAGGAUGGGAUCUCAAGACGUUCUGGAACAAUGAGGUCGAGGCGGGUGUGAUCAGUCUAGGAUUGGAGCCGCUGAAAGGCCUGUAA